AUGGAAAAGUUAGGUUUUGGGCGAAAAUUGAUAUCAUGGAUUAUGGAAUGUGUUACCUCGGCCUCAAUGUCUGUUCUUCUGAACAGCUCCCCCCUUCGCCCGUUCAGAAUGGAGAAAGGGCUCAGACAAGGUGAUCCCCUAUCACCAUACCUCGUCAUACUUGUCAGCAAAGUUCUGGUUUGUAUUCUUAUAAAAGCACACGAUAUGAACCUGAUUGAGGCAGUUAGCAUUGGAAAGGCAAAGAUAAGUCUAAAACACCUUCAAUUUGCUGAUGAUACUCUUAUCUUUGCUCCAAGAAAUUCCACAUGCAUCACAAACUACUUUAGAAUCCUAGAUAUUUUUGCCUUGAUGUUGGGUCUGAGUCUUAACUAUAGCAAGUCAUCCUUUAUCUCUUGGAAUUUAGAGGAUCAUUCUUGGGCUAGACUGGUUGUGGAAAGAGUUGGUUGUAUACAUUCACGCCCCCCUUUAACUUAUCUUGGCUUCCCCCUUGGUAUUCAUUUGAAUAGAUGCUUUGCUUGGAAACUGGUUCUUACAAACAUAGAAAACAGACUAGCAUCGUGGAAAGCAAAGCUCUUAUCUAGAGCUGGUAGACUAACCCUCAUUAAAAGUGUGCUCAAUAGCCUUCCUGUUUAUUUCAUGAGUAUGUUCAAAAUGCCAAAAGCAGUAGCUACGAAAAUAGUGAAACUACAGAGAAGGUUUUUCUGGGGUGGGAGAAACGGUGAAAAUAAGAGUUGUCCCACGGUCAAAUGGUCAGACAUUGAGCUUCCGAGAGACAUGGGAGGCCUUGGUGUAGGAAACAUUCUGCAUAAAAAUCUUAUUCUUCUAUUCAAAUGGUGGUGGCGGUUCUCUGAAUUCGAUAACACCCUGUGGAAAAAAAUUCUUCAAUCGGUUCAUGACAUCAAUGGGGUAAAGGCCUCGACGGAUACCUUCAGGAAAGUCAGGGCAGGUACAUGGUCUUGCUUGAUGAACAAUGACUCGGACACCGUCAACUUCAGAUCGAUUAUUGAAGAGGGUAUGCUUUUACGGGUAGGAGACGGUAGCUCGGUCCAAUUUUGGCACGACAGAUGGUAUGAAGCAGGGGUCUUAAAAAACAUGUUUCCACGAUUGUUUGCAAUAUCGCUUCAAAAGAACUCUCAAAUAUGUCAAAUGGGAGAGUGGAUUAACAGCUCAUGGGUUUGGAGUCUAGAAUGGCGACGUCCCCUGUAUGAAUGGGAAAAUGGUGUAUACUGGAAAAACUCAGGUGUCUUGUGUUACCCUACAAAGUGCAUCACCGCGAAGUUAAAUGAGCCCCUUGAUCCCUCUCUAUCUAAAUCUAUAGCUUCCAUUGUUUGGCAAAAAUUUAUACCCCCAAGGGCAAAGCUGGCUAUAUGGCUUGCAAAUAAGGAGAAACUGAAAACUGGAGACUUCCUUGUGGAAAAAGGAAUUAUUAGCCUUCAGGAAGCUUAG